AUGACUAGAGUGAAUAUUUCGGUUGCUGUACAAACAUUUAGUCAGUUUAUGCAUGCUCCUAAGCAAUCUCACAUGGAGGCUGCUCUAAGAGUAGUCAGCACGGGAACUUUAACUACUUACUGUGAUUCUGAUUGGGGAACUUGUGUACAAACAAGAAGGUCUAUCACAGGCUAUUUGGAGAAGUUUGAGAGGAACUCAUCACCUAGAAAUAGGGGUGGGCGUUCGAAAUCUGAAAAACAAGACACAGUUGCUAGAAGUUCAGCUCAAGCUGAGUUCAAGAGUAUGGCUUCUACUGUGGCAGGAAUAACUUGA